AUGGAGCAAUACUGGAGGAUGAUGAUGAUACACAUCUCCUCCGUCUCGCCGACGCUGCUUGCUAUCCCACUUGUACUAUUUUUAACAUCCUUCAUUUGGGGCUGCCGAGUAUUGUCCGCCAAGAGAAGUGCAGCAGCAGCACCAGGACCAUGGAAGCUGCCCAUCAUUGGGAACCUCCAUCAGCUGAUGUUCAGUCGAGUUCCAGCUCUCCACAUCCGGCUGAGGGAAUUGGCCCAGAGAUACGGGCCCGUUAUGAGCCUGCAGAUCGGGGAGGUGACCAACGUGGUCAUCUCCUCCCCAGAAGCAGCCAAACUGGUGCUGAAAACCCACGAUUUAGUCUUCGCUUCCAGGCCCAGUAUCUUGGUCGCGAGAAUCAUCUUCUAUGGCUGCAAAAACAUCGGUUUCGCGCCUUACGGGGAGUACUGGCGGCAGAUGCGGAAGAUCUGCAUCGUGGAGCUGCUCAGCGCCAGGCGCGUUGCUUCGUUCCGCUCUAUCAGGGAGGAGGAGGUCUCCUCUCUCAUCUCCCGCAUUCGUCUCGCUGCAACUGCGAGGGAUGAGGAGGGCGUCGACCUCAGAGAGAUGCUAUUUUCCUUCACCAGCAACGUCACUUACAGGUCAGCUUUUGGCAAGCUGCAGAAGACGGAUAAGGAAAUAUUCAUGGCGGUUGUUGAGAGGAUUGCGGAGGCACUUGGAGGUUUUGGAUUGUCAGAUCUUUUCCCUUCCCUCAAAUUCAUCCCCGUCAUUACAGGCUAUCAAGCCAAGCUCAUGACACUUCAUCAGAGAGCAGAUUCAUUGCUUGAGAAGAUCAUCGAAAAACACAGAGUCAAAGCAGAUAGAAAACGACAACAACAUAGUGAUGAUGAUGAUGAUGAAAUAGAAGACAUUGUGGACAUUCUACUCAAUCUUCAACGGACUGGGGGCCUCCAACUUCCCUUAACAACUGACGACAUCAAAGCCGUCAUUCUUGAUGUUUUCAUUGGUGGUAUGGAAACAUCAGCAACCACAAUGGAGUGGACAAUGUCUGAGUUGAUUCAAAACCCAAAUGUUUUACGACUAGUACAAGAAGAAGUGAGGCAAGUCUUUGGUGACAAGGGAAACGUUUGUGAAGACCGGCUCCAUGAGUUAACUUACUUAGGUGCAGUGAUCAAAGAGAGCAUGCGAAUGCAUCCUCCUACUUCUGUGCUACUUCCAAGAGAAACGAGGGAGACCAUUAAGAUCAAUGGUUUUGUUAUCCCUGCUAAAACUAGAGUGAUAGUCAAUGCGUGGGCAAUUGGAAGAGAUCCUAGUUAUUGGACUGAUCCCGAAAAGUUUUGCCCAGAGAGGUUCUUGAACUCUUCUAUUGACCAUAAAGGAGCACACUUCGAGUAUAUACCAUUUGGUGCUGGAAGAAGGAUUUGCCCUGGCAUGUUAUUCGGAAUGGCUAUUUUUCAACUAGGCCUGGCCAAUUUGCUCUUCCAUUUUGACUGGAAACUUCCCAUAACACUUCAACACAUAGAUUUGACGAAACAGUCUGGACUCUCCAUCUCAAGUAAAGAGCUACUACGCCUAAUCCCUACUGCAGCUAGCAAUUGA